AUGUUGCGCACGUUCACCGUUCUUGCUGCAAGUAUCGUCGUUCUCGAUGGCACUUCCGCCACGGCAUGCCCAAACUCUAACUUUGGUCGCUGUGGCACUGCUUCGAAACCCGAGUGUUGCCCAAGUGGAAACUACUGCAUGCCAUGGACAUCCGGCUAUUACCAGUGUCUUCCUGUGCCAUCGCAGUGUGCCCGACAGUUCACUGGCUACGACUUCUACGGUGGUGACAUCAAGACGGUGUAUGGUUUACAGCCCGGUGACUGCUGCGCAACGUGCUUAUCUACCACGGGGUGUUUGGCGUACACUUUUGUCAACGAGCACUCAGGAACUACGGCGUGCUUUCUAAAGGCAGGCAUGGGCAAACCGAGAAAGGUUGCGGGGUCGAUCUCUGCCGUCAUUGACCGCUACAACAGUGGCCAGGACCAUACUCCGAAGCGACGACUUCAAGGCACUGACGUAUUGGGAGUCCCAGGACUUCCCACAACGCUCGACGUGCUUUAA